AUGAGCUCUCCUCUCAACGAUCGCGGCCGCAGGCCCAGCAGUGGGAGCCUGGUAAGUCUGCUUCCCCUGCACCUCCAAACUAUAUACCAGCUGAGGCCGAGCAACACAUUCCAUGAGGGGCAGAUGAAGCUUUCUGAGAAUAUUCCAAAGUUGAUGGGGCAAGGGGACGGUUUACAGAUGGAUACUGGAAUAGCUAGCCCCUUGCUUGUCCACUCGCCCACUGCAGACCUUCCACUGGUGAGACGCAACACCCUCCCAUCUACCUCCGCCUUGAGUGAUACUUCUAAAACUGACACUAUCAGCUCUACUUCAGAGAUACUUUCUCAUUGCAGGAGUAAGAACAGGAUAUUGGGGGCGUCCUACAAGCCCCCACAAUCGUUCAUUUACAAUUGGACAAUCCCCGUUAAUAUGGAGGACAUUCACGCAUUCGUUCACAGCGAGCUGAUCACUGAGCAGAGCGUCCGGUCAGUGAUCUUUUUGCAGAGACAGAUCCGCUUGCUCCGGCGCAGUGCGGCAAUCUUGAGGCUCUUGGAGUCGGCCCACCGCCGGGCUUUGGUCAUUCCAGGGAUCGUCUUCCGCCUCUGGCGUGUCUACACCUUCAUAAUAAGAAUGUAUCGUCAUGUUCUACAUCGUAAGGUGUUCUCGACUUGGAGAACAGAGAUGCUGAUUUGUAUCAAACACAAGCAGAUGGAGUAUCUAUGUAAUAUCUUUCUACAGAGCAAGUACUUUGCGUGCUUCAAGGAGAGGGCCCGCAUCAACACGCAGCUCAACCUCUUCGUCGUCACAUUUACGAAAAGGAUCAAUCUGAGGGUCACAAAUGACAUCUUUCAGUUUUUCUUAUAUCUAAUGAAGUAUCUUAAGACUUACCGCAAGCAACUAAAGGCAUUCAUUGAGCGUGAUGAAGGCCAAGCAAACGGCUACCAGAGUCUCCAACUACCUCCUGAUAAUCCCCGAUCGGUCUACAAAGAAUUACUGAAAGGAAUGCCAAUAAGAUUUUACGACAUAGCAAAGACGUUAGUUCCUACUCGAUCUUCGUAUCUCAUACACAGCUUUGUCUUUGAUAUUCAGUAUCGAGUGCAGGUUGUCCUGUACAUUCGCUUGACUCUGCUCAAGUACACUCUCAUCUCACCCAUUUUUGUAGCCUGGCUAACAACAAUCAGAAUGCUCCGAAUCAGGAAGACUUUCCUUCUUUUGACCUACGAUAAGCUUCUAAUCACAGCAUUCUACCGGUGGUCAGACCUUGCCCGUGGAAGACACAAGCUCAUGACUAAGUACUUGGGCCUCUGGAAGCAGUACAUAGAUAAGAUACGAUUGCAGCGGUACAAGAUUCUACUGGCAAAUCAAUUCAGGGUCAAGUCGUUGGUUCAAACGUAUCUGCGCAGAUGGGAGGACUACUGCUUCUCGAAAGACAUUGCCCGUCUGAUGGCUGCCUCCUCGCUGGCUGCGCGCCCUGGGUAUGCUAGUUUCUUCAUAUGCACACUCUACCUGAUGAUAAACGGAUGCACCGUUUAUGACGCUGUCAAUCGACGGAUUGUCAAGAAAGCAUAUGUUGUUGAGUCAUUUGCUGAAGAUGGGAGAGUAGGAUAUCGUACCAUCGAGGAUGAUGAUGGCUUUUUGAUGAUCCCUGGUGACGUAGCGACUAAGACACUGGAGAAUAGAAAAGCAAGGGAAGAAGAGGCAGCGCUGCAGAGAAAAGAGAGCCAACUGCGUAACCUCUUUGAUGCCCACAUAGGAUCUCGACAGGCCCGUGCAGCUGGCUCGACCUUUCUUACUCAACGUCCAGAUGAUGAAAGUGACUCAGAAGGCGAUUCAAUUAAACGGUUGGUUGCCCCUCCACCCCGGAAGAAGUCUGGUAGUCGCGGAACACCUGUUCCAUACUGCAUGUCAUACCACGAUGAAUUUUGCCUCAAGUUCCGGGUUUUUCAAGUUCUCAAGCAGCGCCCUAUGGCAAGGCGGUCGUUUCUACGCUUUGCUUUGCUUCUUCAGGCCGGGGACAGAAUCUAUAAGCAGCUGGUUUCCUUACAACUGUGGAAGGCGUACAUCUUAGCCAACAAGGAGCGUCUUGCAAAGCAGAAGAAACAUAUCGAAGGAGAUGCACUUCACGUUACUGCUACUCGCACAGAUAAGGAUGCACUCCAAGACAUAUUCUUAACAGGCGCAAUCAGCAAUCACUCUGACGCAAGAAGUCAAUCUGAUACCGACCCAGUCUUAUCAAAACCUACACUUAAUGAAUUGGUAUCUCAGAAAGCUCCUGAUUCAUUUGUGCACCUUCUAUUUUUCAAAACACAUAGCUUGCUAUUUCUUACGCUAUUGCACAAGAUCACCCACUUACCAUCAGUCGGGUCCAUGAUCAACAUUUCUGACUUCAUCCCAGAACUAGACCUUCACCUUUUUAAAUCUGUUAUUUCCAGAAUACUGUCCCUCUCAACUAAACAGUUAGAAAGUGCCUGCUAUUUGACCACGAGAUCUAGCCUGGGCACAUGUUUAUCAAGACUGAAGACCAUGCAAUUGUUUGCCAGUGUUGCUAUUUUACAUACGAAUUUCAAGUAUGCAUCAUUCCCACGCCAGAAAACUACCGACUUAGCUCCUAGAUUUCAAGUUUCUACAUGGGACAGAAGAAUGAGCAAUCUUCGUUCCAUAUUGAGCUGCUGUGGCCUUGAUACUGUCUACUCGCUUCUCAGGAACUACAACAAACUCCAGACAAUGGCCAAAAUGGAAGCUGAUUUACUAGAGAAAUAUCAGUCGAUAGAGAUGGAUGUCACAGCCAUGGAGCAGCAUGCGGAGCCCCUUGAGGCUCUUGUUCCCCAGAUGCUCCAAGAGGAUAUUGCUGUCUGCAAACUGUUCAACGAAAAGCAAAGCAUGAUAAAGACGAUAUUGGACAACACAACCCUAAGUGGCAACACCAGUAGUUUGAUGGAGCGCUUAAAGCGCGAGAGAAGCUAUGUUAGUAAAAAUACAACCGAGCUAACAACAGAAGCUGCACACAAACUUCUUCUCUUUGAUGCCCAUGCGUCAAACAGCUUGCUCUUACAGAGGCUGUUAGAUGCCGUUUCUGCAGAAAUUUCUGCUGGGAUAACGACUAAAUUGGAGGCAAAGCUGACUGGUGCGUUGGAUAGCCCCCGCCACAGAGGAGGAACUAAGCUACGGGUGAUGCAGAUGGCCGAUGACUUAGAUGCUAAAACAAGAGUUUUGAAGUCUGCUCUUUGCAAAUGCUUUCUUGCCCCACAAGCUAUUCCGCAUCGUCUCAGAAAUCUUCUGGAGUCCGCUACUCUUUCCCGCAGCAGCACUAGCUCGUCCUCUUCUGAUAAAUAUUGCCAUAUAUGCAGCGGCUGCCUGUGCUUCUAUUGCUUCUGCGACCAGCGUUGUCGUUGCAUGAAGAAUACAAUAAUGAGGCGGUCACUUAUAUUCACUAAUUAUCCAGCGAUUACCUAUGCAUCGUAUAAGCGUAUAGAUUCUGCGUUAGCUUUCCUCUCUGAGAUGAGCGAGGACUGCAACGAUAUAGAUGAAGACUAUGCCGCAAGCCUUUCUUUGUCUUUACAGUGUUUUCGUGUCUGUGGAGACACAUUUCUUCGUCAUCAAAUAGAUAAGGACUGUUUGCGACUCCUUCUUAUGAACACUGCUGACUUGUCUGCUGCACCAUAUAGCUUUCUGAAUAAUGCCAUUAUCACAGAUUCGCUGGAAGCGGGAGGGACAGUAAAGAUAUCUGCUACACUAGAAAAUGAGACCGAGGAGCCGGUAGCCAAGGUUAUUGUGGCUCACAUUCAGCAUAAAAAUAAGAACAGGAGGAAGCAAAAGCGUAAGGGCAAGACAGCAUUUCCAAAGAAGGCCCUGUCACAACCCCUACUGUUAGAACCGGCUAGUGGUUUAGAGGAGAAGCCUCUUCAGACAUUGGAAGACUUUGAAAUUGGAAAGACUGCAGAUUUACUGAUCAAUUACGCAAACAGAGAGCUGAUCGAGCGGAUAGAAGUCUAUAAGCAGGUAGAAGGAGAACACCCUCAAAGCCUUGAAGCGCCUACGUAUCCCAGGCUUUCUGUUCAAGCCCCCAGUGGAUCUAUGCUCAGGAAUGCUUUACUUUACACGGAAGUAGUAUUUACCACACGUUCCUUUACACCUUCUGCAUCUCCACAAAACGUGUACCUAUCACUCGAUGCCCUUGACGAUGGAUCGUUCAAGGAUUAUGAUGAUAAUAUUGCCUCCAUUCAGCGGGCACAGGAAAGGCUACUUUCUCUUGAGCUUAGUGAGCCUGUAAAACACUCCAUUAACACACCACUUCAGUCGGGCUCACAAUCCACAGCUAUAGAGCCUAUCUUGCCAUCUGAGCAAAUUAGCACAAAGCAGGGAGAUACUCAGCAGAUGCACAUUGAGCCCGCACAAGCAAGGCAGACUACUCAAAACACGGGCAAAAUACGACCAGAAUCUUCCUCAUCUAAACCAUCCACAAGACAUGAGCUCUUAGGGCGUAGGUAUCAGGUCGCUAUUUCUGAGAAUUCUCCUGCUUAUUCAAUCAGCAAUCUUAGCGAUCCAGAUCCUUCGUCCGCUCCAGCUUUUCCACUGGCACCCACAAACCCUAUAUUGGUACCUCCAAUUGUUACAAGGGAGUCAUCAUCUCAUUAUACUGUAGCUAAGACUGAUGCUAGUCCGCGACGAAGUUCAUCUACGAGCAGACUGGUUCCUGUACUAGCAGAGUUGCCUCCAGGCUUUGAAAUUGAACCCACCGGGGGAUUGUCUGCUCAAUCUUGUCGAUCAAAAUCACCCAAUGUUGCUAUUCAAGAUAACCAGUCCGAGCAACACGAACGGGACCGAGGUGAGGACUCCUCUGAAGCAUCUCUUUUAGCAUUCUUUCAGGAUUUGCCUCCUGACAGAGAAAGCUCGUCUCGCAGUGUUCUUGUCUCCAGCCAAUUGAGGUCUCGCGAGACAGUUCGUCAGAUAAGUCACCAAAUAGACGAGGAAUUGUCUAGAAUAGCAUCUGCAUCACCCCAUAAAUCAAUUAGCUCUCGCCCUUAUUCCUCUGAAGCUGGCGCAGUGUCACUAAAGGAUGCUGAACUGAUUAGCCCCCUGCCGGUCGCUGACGUAUUGGUUGGCAUAAACACAGACCUUAACCGAUUACAGCACAGCUUCUGCCGGGCACCUAGUGCACCGUGCAAUCCUUCAGACAGCGCAUCACGGACUGCUACAAUUGUUAGGCCCAACAGUACACAGAAGCUCAGGUUGGAAAGGCCUGCUUCACAGGCAUCAUCUCUUCCUGCAAGUCAGGAGACGAUAGGCAACAAUAAAGUCUCAAAGCAUACACUGCAGACAUCACCAGCCUCUAAUACAUCUAGAAGGUUUGCUUCUGCACAGAGCGAUAACUCGACCAAGGAUGGGCACACUUCUGCCUACACAGCUAUUAAUCUACAAUUAGAAACUGUCACAGAUGUUACGUCAUCGUUCGCUGGAACCCCCAUAUCCGCAAUCCAACAAGGUAGUAUCAAUGAGGCCACAUCUAUACCGAUUCUAGAACAAUGCAGUGAGCGUCUCUCAACGUCUGACAAGAUACUUGAUAUUCUUCAGAAUAUUCAAUCAAAAUUUGUGGACGUAGAAGCCGACUCUGCGGAAGAAAGAAUUGCUAACCUCUUUAAACAUCUACAAGAGCCCGCGCUUGAGUCGAUAGACGUUACCAUUGAAGGUCUUACUACGGAUGGCCAGAAAUAUGUUCCUUCAAAUGUCACUGUUGCAGAGCAAGAAAGCACAUCAGAUGACGAGCUUGACUUUUUGGUGAAGCCAGCACCAACUACAGAAUUACUUCAGCUGACUAUGGACUUAGAGAAAACCAUUUCUCGGCAGAUGCAGCUACGCAAUUCGAUGCGAGUGGCCUCUCCACGCAUCGGAAACAAGAGCGUUUCACGGCUUGCGCACCAAAAACUUCUUGAUGAAUUGGGCAAUAUCAUCCCCAGAGUAGACUUGAGUGAUAACUCUGCACUUAGGAUGCAAUCUGGGUUGAUAAGUACACCAUUCGAAUCUAUGAAUGUUACGGAACUAUCGAUUAAUCAUCAAUAUUCACGCUUACAGCACAUUGAGGAAAAGAUACAGGACAUGGUCGGCCCAAAAGCUAGGAACUGGAAAGAGCAACGCACCAUGCUCCAGUAUAUCAAAGAGGCUGAUGACCUAAACUUAUCUAGCAGCGAAUCCCUUCUGCGGGAUGAGGGUGACUCCUUUAUCAUAGAUCUGGAUAGCAUCACUUCGUCAUCCCCAUCAUUAUCAGUGAGCGAUCUUAUCCCACCAGACUCACCCUUAUCUGAUCAAGCCAGCAAUCGUGCAUGCCUAGAUAUGACCGAAUUACCAACUGUGCACACUCUGAGCCGUGGUGGAAGCUGCGCAAAGAAGAUGUCGAGACCUCAGAUACUUCAAAGAAACAAGAAAAUUGGUAAGAUAACCACAAGAUAUGACAAAAAGCCACCUUCCUCAGGUGAAUCUAACAAGCGCACUCUUUCUAAUCCUACACUAAGAGAACUAAACGUUACAUGCUAUAAUAGAAUCUUAAGGGAGUGCAGGUGGGCUCGAGAUGCUUCUAAUAGCGAGCGCACAGUCUCAUCUGCAGACGCCUACAAACGAAACACGAUGCUGCGAAGAAACGAAGGACUUCUUCAGGGAAAAGGUACAACCACAUUGCCAAAAUAUAAGUGGAAAAAGCUCAUACGCGUGACAUCUUCACCAGCCAUGAGAUACUCCGAACAACAUAGCAUCCAGAAGCCAAAACGACGCUCUUCGAUAUCCAUUCAUCUGGCUGCUGCGAAGAAAGAAGCGCGGGUACACCUGCCUACGUUAGCAGUGCACACAUCCACGGGGAUUGCAACUCUUGGAAAUGCCAUGUGGAAUGCGCCGACAAAGCCUCUUCAGCCUUCUCUCCUGACUAAACGAAUGAUUGCUAAGUAUCAUCGUGCUUCUCGAAAUCCAAUCUUGAGCCCCACUUUUGUAUCCUCAGAGUCCUCGAGUACCAUGGAUAAGACACAUAUCAAAGCAGAGUAUGUAAGCGCAUGGAGAAGGACGAAGAGGUUAAAGUAUGUUGGCUCAGCUAAUAUGUUCCGGAAUGACAAAGUAUUGCUGGACGCUGACCCAGACCCUUCCUCUAUACCUACUCCCAAGCCCGUUCGCCCACCAAUUGAGGAUAUGAAAGAUUAUAUAGUAUCAAAAAUAGACGCAAACAUCUUUAUCACAGCACAGCAGGAUGAUCAAGAGAUAGAGCAGACACAGUCAAUGCGAGAGAUCUCGCGGCCCUCAAUGAUAGUAGGUGAUUUACCAUCUUCGACCAAGUCCUCUGAAGAUAGCAACCAGCAGGACAUUCCUCCUGUGCAGCGGAGGAACCAGGAGCUCAUUCGGAUGCUAGAGGAGUGUCUACUCACGGAUCCAAUUACAAAUAGAUACUCUGAGAUGAUCAACGUGAUGUCUGUUAACACAUCUUCUCUCUUUGAGCUAAGCACAGAGCAGACUUCAAAGGAAGAAAGGCAAACCGAUUAUACGUUAAUUCGCGAGUUUGCUAAGGCAGCACCCAGAACAACGCUGCAGCAGUACACGGACAUUGAAGCAGACAUACGGAUAAGGAAGCAGGUGGAACAGACAAAGGUUGAGCUUACAACGCUCAGUGCCGAGGCUAAUAGCUAUUGUAGCCCUACAACAAUCAGCAUGCAGAAUUCGGCAGCAACCCCGACGGUGAUAAAGAAGCAGCUAGAGCCUGAUGAUCCAGGGUUUGCUCUGACACCAUUCUCUGUGUGGGGGUCAGGGAACACACAGCAGGACCAUACAUAUGUGGCGUCGUAUCCAGAAGCUAAAAUGACAGACGAGGAGUUCCACAACAUAGUUCUAUCGCAAACCUUUGAGGUUCUCUCCAAAGCAAUCCAGCUAGCGCACGGGAACAAGAUGAUCACAGCACAAAGAUGUCGUGAAUCCAUAGAAUCAAAGAAGAUGAGCGCAUGGGAAAUAGCUGCCGGGUCUCGGCGGUCACAGAGCACUCGUGAUUUGUGUAGCAAGAAUGCCCAGCUGAUGUUCUCCCGAGCAGUGCGUAACGCUCUUCAUCAAAAGGUGUAUAACGUGAAUGCUACCCCAAUAGUUCGGGGCUUUGGUCUACGAGAAGGAGGCCAGACCCCGGAUCUCUUACAUGGGGGUCCAGACAUCCUAUCAUCUCUGCUAAGGUGGCGUCAUAAAGUGGAGGGAUACUCCAGCACACAGAAAAGUCACGAGAAGACAGGAUUGUACGCCAUUCAAUCACACAAGCUCACCAAGGGAGAGAUGACAACCUUCCAAAACUCUCUCUGGAUAAGCCCUGGUCGUAAGACGGUUCCCCUGGACGUGAGUAAUUUCAAGCUGGUUGGGUCUCCAACGCACUCUAAUGCCGUAUUAAAGCGUGAAUCCUGCUUUGGUCGCUCCUUAGCUAACGUAUCACGCAAAGGAAUGCUACAUCAUGUUUCACCGUAUGCAAUGAAGCGAGGGCAUACAAUGAGCAUAGGUAUGCUUGCACGAGCUUGUGCAGACAGGGGUAGUGCCAUGCUCAAGCCGCAGAUAACUACGGUGAAACCUGCGUCAGAGUUGGCUGCCAUGAGUGCUAAAGCACUUCCUCGCGACGUGCUUGCUCGCAUGCAACUUGAGUGCACCUAUGUUGUGUCUGAAGAACAUAAAGAACGAGAGCAUACAGAGUGCCCGAACAAGCGAUACACACUCGGCCAGGUGCUUAAAGUACACUCCAAGCCAAUAGUAGUCUCGGACCAACGUAUUAUAAACAUGAAGACAAGUGUGCACAUUAUUGACAUGAACGGUCGGCCACUUCAAAAGAGCCCUAGCCUGCCCCCAAAGCCGCAUGGAAGCAAGUAUGGGGAAUCACCAAAGAGUCCUAGGCAUGAGAUGGGCAUCCGGUUGCCGGUAGCUGAACCCUCAAAGAAGAAUGUUCCACGGCCAGUUGCCCAGCCCUUGCAUUCGGAAUCGCAACGAGCACAACUGCUAACAGUCCAUGGUAUGCUUUCUCCUAGCCCAGUGGACGAAGACCAUGAAUUACCGCGAGAAAGCUCGGCUGGAUACCUCAAGCAUCAGCGAAGGUCCAGACACCUUCCAGGCACGCUAAGCCAGAUACCCGCAAGCAAUGCAGACACAUCCAUAUCUUUUACAGAUGACGAGAAUAACUAG